CAGUUAAUGUAGCGCUCUGCAGGCGAGACAACACGACCAUGCUGCCGGUGUUUAGAGCUCUGCUGGUGCUGGGCCUGAUGGUCUCCCUGAAGUUGGGUCAGGGAAUCAGACUGAGGGACACGUCCGUGAGACUGGUCCUGGAUCCCUCAGUGCCGCAACAGAUCGGCAGGACCGCCUCGAACAUCGCCAACAUGUCUCUGUCUCCGUGGACCUACAGAGAGUCCUGUGUGGAUUCUCGGUUGCCUCGGCGGAUCUUUCAUGCUGUGUGCCUGACCUCUGGCUGUCUGAGCCUGCCAGGGGGAGGAGAGAAUGCAGCCCUGGAGGUCAAACCCAUCUACCACCAGGUCCUGGUCCUCCACAGAGAGAAGAAAAAGCACAGCAACAAAAAGAGGAAGGGGUAUAACAUCAUACUGAGGACGGAGGUGAUCUCAGUGGGCUGUACCUGUGUGAGGCCCAGUGUCGUCCCACAGCAGCCACACACAGGACUCGUCUGA